AUGCCUGGACACUUGGGCCAAAAGGUCCUCAAGACCUUGGGUCUAAAAGAUCAUGUCCAUCAGAACUCGAGCGUUCAGCUUCCAGGCAGACCAGCCGUGAACAACGAUGAACGCGGAUUGUCUUCACCUCCCAACAACGGCACAUACCCUCGCCUCUGCAGGCUCUCAGAUGGCACCAUUCUCUCGUCUUUCACCCGAUUCCCCGAUGGACAGCGCUCACUCCGCGUCGCAAAAAGUACCGAUAACGGCCGCACAUUCGAGGACUUCUCCGAGGUAACUCGCGCUGCUGGCGACGUGGAUAACAUGUUUUUGUGUGAGGUGGCUCCGGGGACAAUACUGGCGGCUUUCCGCAAUCACGACAAGGGUCCGAAUGGCCCCACGCACUUCCGCAUCACGGUCUGCCGGUCAACGGAUGGAGGUCGUGUCUGGCAAUUCGCUUCGCAGGCAGCUGAGAAGCGCCCUCCUUUGGGAAUUUGGGAACCGUUCAUGCGUGUUGGGCGCCAGGGUGAAGUGCAGCUUUAUUUCUCGCAGGAAUUCGCCCAUAACAACCAAUGUACUAUGCUAGUCGUCUCGCGGGAUCAAGGAAGUACCUGGACUCCACCGACCUGUCUGCAUGGCGACCAAGAUCCGCUUCGCGAUGGCAUGUGCGGCAUUGCACGAACUGUUGAUAACGGCCGCGAGGCUCUUCUCAUGGUAUUCGAGACCACCCGGUACGGACCGUUCAGUGUAGAGGCGCUUCUAUCCUAUGAUGACGGUGCCACCUGGGGUUGGCGCCAUGAAGUUUUCCGCCCACGAAAGGGUCACAAUGCGGGCUCUCCCCAGAUUGCCUCUUUUGCAGAUGGAUCUAUGGCCACGAUAUUCAUGACAGACGAUGACUCAGAGCACGUGAGUUGGGUAAAGAAUGCCUCUAUCAAGGUUGUAUUUGCUGGCCCGCCCGUUGAAGGGCGUGUUCAAUGGAGUCCACCAACCCUUGUCUCCCCAGCCUCCAGUUUCUGGCCUGGAAUCAUGGCAUUGGAUCACCACACCGUACUAGCCACUUAUGACCGGGGUGGGCCCCUUGCGAAGACCAUCACCUGGCACCCUGCGUAG